AUGACUACUUCAGGGAAACAACCUUCAGUUGCACCAGAUCGUAAACGACGAGAAACUUGUUGGAAAAUACGUGAUGAAUUUUUCUCGUGUCUUGAUAGUGCGUUGAUUGAUGAUCCGACAAAGAUCGAUUCGGAUGAAUCGAUUCAACUGAUUGCCAGAAAAGGUGGAUGCUGGAAAUUGAAACAAGAUUAUGAGGAAGCUUGCAUGAACAGUUGG